UAUACUGUUUAUAUAGUAAUCAGUUAUCCAUCACUUCUUUUUUCCAUAAUUUAUCCCAGGAUAAUCAUCAGGAAUAAUAAACUGCACUUAUUAUUGAGAUCAUCCAAGCUAACAAUAGCAGAAAUGAGCAUUUAAACCUUUUAGGAUAAAUGUGAAAAAAAAAAAAUCACUUCACAUUUUAUAUUUUUAUGACAGUUCAUGAUGAAUCUCUGUGAUCCAAACACCUGGUUCAGCUGCUGCAGACCCAUAACUGGGUCAGUCAGAUAUGGAAAGAUAGCGCCACCAUACCACUACAUAUGCAGGACAACAGGCACCCAUGCACUGACUCAUAACAUGGAAAUUUACAGUCCUUGUAUUUGCCAACAUGGCACUAAAAAUACAACACUGCACUAUUUUGGAGUCCCCUACAGUGGCAUAGUUGGAUUGCAGUUCUGCCAUUUAAACAGACAAUACUGUAUGACGACUAACUGUAUGUUUCAACCUCCCAGCUCACUACUAAAUGCAGGAACAACAAGUUACGAAACACGUUUUAAUGAAAAGCUGCAGUGAGACAAUUACCGGUUUGAACAUAUGGCUAUAAUUUGGGGUGCAGUGUACAUGCGCGCGGCUUCUUGUACUUUCAUCAUGACUCAGCAUUUACUUUACAAGUCUUUGCUGCACAGACCACCUAAAGAAAUUGCUGAUUUGAUUAAAAUUUGGUUAAAUUUAAAAAAAAAAAAAAAUCCAUCUUCAAAGAUAAAACAUUGAUUUUAUGGAAUCAAAUUAAUGUUUGUGCAUUAAUGUGGGUUUGGGGACAUGAUACAUUUGAUUGUGAAGACAAGAAGACAAAAGGAAGGCGUGCUCUAAACUACACGCAUUCCCACACGAGACAAAUGCCGACUGUUUGUCGUGCCGACGCAGAGGUUUACAGUUGGCCCAAAUAUUUGGGGUGGGACCCCACCAUGUAACACAUGCCAUGCUGUGAUGUAACAGCAUCAUGGGCAGUAUUUAAAGAGGCCGACCUCUACCCCGCUCCUGCAUCUGUUCCACUUAUUGUCUGAGAUUCGGCGAGGGGUUUGGUUAUUGUCCCUUGGUAAGGCUUUUCAACUCUACAAAUCAUAUCACGGAUUUGGAGUAUGAUUAUACGCCUCAUUGCUGUUAAAAAAUCUAUGGAAAAACAAGAAAAGUUGUUUAUAGCUGGGACUAAGUUCAGCCAGAGGGACGCCUUUAGAGAAUCCUGAUCUCUAAAGUUUCUGUCCCAAACUGCUCCUAUAAAGGUAAGACUUAAUGACUUAAAAUUUGAUUUUAUUGAAUUUGCACUGCUUCUUUUAAACCCAUGCAAGUACACAGAACAUAAUGAACAGCAGUCUUAUUAAAGCCUGUACUUGGGGGGGUGCUGCUUUUGCUGAAUAGAGGUGUUAAAUGAGCUUAUGGCACACGCCAGCUUGAGGCAUUACUAGCAUAGUGAGUAAAAGAAGCCAGGAUCAAGAGUGUAAAGCAGAUCCAUAAAAUAAGCAACGCUCGACUUCCUGGCGGGCUGUAACUCUCAUAUGUCAAAUUUAGAGAUGCAGUUUUAAAUAAAAAACAUUUGUCUCUGAAUGCAGUGUGUUUGUGAAUUUUUUUUUCUGUCAGAUUUUGCAGGAACAUCUUGUCGUGUUCACGUUCACAAACACACCGCUUGUGUUUUUUAAAAAACACUGUGGAAAAUGGUUGGAUUCAGGCCUGCAGAUGUGCCACCAUCAGCAGCUGUAAAGUUUGUGGGAGCAGGAACUGCAGCCUGCAUCGCUGACCUGCUCACCUUUCCCUUAGACACAGCCAAAGUGCGACUGCAGAUCCAAGGAGAGGCCAGAGGCUCCGCUGCUACAUGGAGCGGCUCUGCGGUGAAGUAUCGAGGGGUGUUCGGCACCAUCGCCACCAUGGUGCGUACUGAGGGUCCUCUGAGUCUUUACAGUGGGCUGGUGGCAGGACUCCAGAGGCAGAUGAGCUUUGCGUCUGUCCGAAUUGGUCUCUACGACUCUGUUAAACAGUUCUACACUAAAGGCUCUGACCAUGUGGGCAUUGGGAGUCGGCUGCUGGCUGGAUCUACCACAGGUGCCUUGGCGGUUGCCAUUGCUCAGCCCACAGACGUGGUGAAAGUUCGCUUACAGGCACAGGCCAGGUCUCUUGGCCGUGCCAGGCGCUACUGUAGCACAGUGGAUGCUUACAGGACCAUUGCCAAGGAGGAAGGCAUUUGUGGUCUGUGGAAAGGCACAGCUCCAAACAUUGCACGUAAUGCUAUUGUUAACUGCACAGAACUGGUUACCUAUGACUUCAUCAAGGAUAUGCUCCUUAGCUCCACGCCACUGACAGAUAAUCUGCCCUGCCAUUUUGCAUCAGCCUUUGGUGCGGGGUUGUGCACAACAGUGAUCGCCUCCCCUGUUGAUGUGGUCAAGACAAGAUACAUGAACUCUGCUCUCGGCCAGUACAGCAGCGUUCUCAACUGCGCUGCUGCCAUGAUGACCAAUGAAGGCCCGCGUGCUUUUUACAAAGGGUUUAUCCCGUCUUUCUUACGCCUGGGGUCCUGGAACGUGGUCAUGUUUGUGACAUACGAGCAGCUGAAACGAGCCAUGAUGGCAGCGAAUCACAGCUGCAAAACUUAUCUGUAAUCUUUACUAUCUCUCAAUGGGCUCGUGUUUGA